AUGUGGCUAAACAACGGGAAAUCUGCUGACGACGUGUUCAACUCGCUGAAGCUUCAUUACACAGCCAGCGACUUCUCCCACAACCCACUUGGCAACACGUGGGUCUCGUACACGAAUGCUAUCGUCACGAAUGACCCCAUUAAGACUCCAGCACUGUUCGCAAACUUGGAAACUCGCCUCAGCGACAGACGUUUGCUGCAAAUCCUCCAAAUGGUGAAGACGAACUCGACCAUGAAAGACGCUGCUAUCAAACUGGAGACGAAGUCGAUCCACAAAAUUUUCACUAGUGGGAAUUCCCCCAAAGAUGAGAAUUGCUCAGGAGCACCCGAGAAGAAAAGUCGAGCAUAUUGCAUUAGUGCCACACCAAAGAUCCAAAAGUCUUUGGCAAAGAUAUUUCAACGCUUUACAAAAAAUCUAUCGACUUCAAUCAUUUACUGCAUCUAA